AUGCCAGGGGACCAGAGUGUUUCGCAGGCGUUUAUAUCAUCUUCAAAACCACAGCGGCGCCAAAAUACCAGUUGUGACCGGUGCCGACGUUCAAAGCGACGUUGUUUCGUGCCAAGCAUUGACGUUAAUGGAGUGCCUGGAACGAUAUGCACGAACUGCCAACGGUUGAAGCACCAUUGUACAUUCGAGUUUGCGAAGCGUCAUCCUACAUCCCCAAUCAGCAGGAAACAGAAAACCCAAGUUGCAGAGACAACAGAGAGAAUUGAACGCGAUGACUCGAAUAUUUUUGACGGGCUGAUCGAGGGGCUACCCGGCGGUCCGGAAAUUCAGUUCGAUGCAACUUCCGUGGCUGGUCAAGAUAUACUGGCAUCCUGGCUUAACUUGGAUCUUGAACAGGCUCCAGACGAUCACACCACAUCUUUAUCGAAUAGUAAGCUGGUGUGUCCGCCUUUCGUACCAGCCUGGUCCGAUACUUCAGCUACGCCAUACAUUGAGCUCAAUAACCAACGCUCACUUUCAUUCAAUCGAAUGCGCAUGACUCAGAAUGCACCAAACGUCCCUCUAUCAUUCAACAGUCCAAUAUAUUUGUUGAAUUCUGGAAUUGACGCCAAGAUACUCGGUGAUAGACUCACCCGAAUAUACGACGCAAUCUCAACAGCCAGCUCGUGUAGAUUUCUCGAAUAUGAUUGCAAUCUGUACGCAACGGCUGGAAACCGUUACAGAAUCGGAGAAGGCCAUUAUGGAAGCUCAACCGCGUCGCCGCCUGCGCAAUCAAUAAAUACUCCAGAAGAUAAGCCAAGCAACAAUCUUCUUCAAGAACCUGUCCCUUCAAACCCGGAAAAUGAGGAUAUCGUUCAUGAGAUCUCUCUUCUUGGGAGCAUUCGAUUCUUGGAUCAUUUCAGUCAUCUCUACGGCAACCGAUUGGACUCCAAUGCACGGAGAAAGUCCGAUGCAGUCUUAAAGGCAGUCCUUCUUGCAUUCUCGAUGCAAUGGCUGCCAGUGUCUGACAGAGAUAAUUCCACGGAACCCGAGUCAACUUUGAAUGCAUUUACAGAUGCGUGGGUCCGAGCUCGUGCACUUCUAGAGGAUGUUCGCCACGUGAAAUCAUUUCGCAUCAUCCUUGCAACACUUACCUUUGUCGGCAUUGUGACUCCAACCAAAUUAAGGGAGAUGGAGGGCUUUGUGCCUCCCAACUUUCUCGACUCGGCUCUGCAAAAGCUUUGCGACUUGGAUGGGCUUCUAACACAAUAUCGCAAGAACCUAGGAUCAUCUUCCACAUAUAGUAGUCUUUUAGAGGCAAGUUUGAACAUCAUUCGCUGGACUGCGUACAUCCGCGAUACAGGAGCGGCGUUGUCCAUGGAUCGGCAAUGCAAGCUUCCAGAUCUUUGGGGGCUUGAAAAAGUCGCUUCAAACAAAGAGUCUAUGACGGCUUGGACUACCUGUCAAAGCAUACUAGAAUUUGACAGUCAUGUUCAGGCGAUAUGCCUAAAAGCCAGCGCGGAGACAUUCUGUGUCUGGAGGCAGAUCAUCAAAAUCAAUACUUCUGCUAUGAACUCGACAAAUUCUGUUCCCGAGCAUCAACACGCGAUUGUCGAGGCCAUAAAUUCUAGCAUCGCAGCCAUUAACCAGCUGAAUGCGUCGUUUCAACCAUUUCUAGCUCAUUCUAUCAGGAUAUUUCUCUAUCUCUCCACCUGCCCGAGGAUUUCUAUUGGUGAGCGAGUUCUUUCUGAGUAUCCAUUUGCCAACUUGUGCUUACUUUUCAAAGUUUCUCUUGUAAUGUUCUGGAGCCUGGGGAUAUUCCACCUUGAUGACGUCUUCAAAAACGCCUGUCAAUAUAUUAAUGACUCGGACGAGCAGCGAUUCGUUCCUAUAAUCCAAACGUACCAACAAGAGGCUGCAUCAUUUGUUGCCCAAACCGUUGAAUGUGUACUCACUCUUCCUAUGGAAGAGGCUUUCAAUCUUCAAAAUGGUCUAGGCGCAGAAGUUCCGAUCACGGCUUAUCAUGUCACUCCAAGUUUAGCGGUGACAGCCCUUCAAAAGGCGAUAGAGGGUGUCAUUCAACAGCAAAUUCAUCUUAGCCAAGACGCUGAUCUCUUCGAGCAAGGCUGUGGCAUGCUCAUUCCCGAUGGAACAUGGGACCGACAGCUCGAUGUUCUGAUGAAGGGUCUGAUGUCACUUGAUGUGACCAUCGGUGGAUCGCAGACUUCGAGUAUGGCCCUUCAGUUGCUGAUGCGGCAACAUGGGGAUAUUCUAUCUGAAUGUUGGACUUCAAGCUUUGAGACAUAA